CUUAAUUAAUUUAUGAAUUCAUGUUAUCGCAAUCGAAUCAAUUAGGUUUUAUUUAAUUAUUUCACGAUUUGUUGCUUGAAUUUCACUCACAUAUCGUUGUCUAUCUACCUAAUGAGUAUUAGUAGCUUCACUAUGAAUUUUUCGCUUAGGUCAGUUUGAUGUUAUUGUUUCAGCUAAUUUGACACUUUCUUUAUAUUAAAAGUUGUAAAUAAAAAUUUAAGUGAAAAGUCUUUUUUGUUGAAUUGGUAUAUGAAGUUUGUAGGCGUGUGAAAAUAGAAAUACCCACUUGUGAAAAGGGGGGAAUUUUGUUGUGCCAUUAAUAUUUCUCGGGGAAGAACGAACGCGAAUUUUACUAGUAGAUUGUUGGAUUUUUUUAGAAAGAAAUUGUAAGUGUAAUGGGGAAUCUUGGAUCACCUAGGAGUCCUCAUCCUCAUCCGGCUAAUGUUGAUUUUUUGUUUGGGAUGAGAGAGUGUCCAGCGAGGUGUUCCGAGGGUCCGGCCAAUAAUGAUCAUUUUUCAGGUAGAAGGGUGGUAGGAUCAGAUUAUCAUUGGUGCAAGAAUUUUCUCUUUGGUGGUAUAUAUGGUAAUAAUAGUAUGGCAGCAAAGCAAUCAAUUUGUAAAGGAGUAUAUGGCGGGAAAAGGCAUAAUUGGUUUCACAGGCAAUUAAGGUUGUUUGGUUUUGCUAUUGGGCUGAUGGGUUUGUUCUUUUGGUUGGAUUCCCUUAUGUUUGUGGACUUCAAUUCUGCGAAUUUCCGUAAAAGUUCUGUCUUAGAAAUGAACACGUCAAAGGAUGUACGAGGUAAUUCUAGCAAGGAAGAAAGUUCUCCUUUGAUGUAUGGCUGUCUUCUGAACUUGGCUUCAACUAGUCUUGCACAGCUUGCUGCACUGGACUUCAUUGCAUGUGCAACAGCUGAUGUUUUUGCCAUGACCGACUCGGGAAGCCAACUAUCUUCAUUGGUAUCUGGGUUUCGCACUUAUUUUGGAGGCGGUCAUGCUCCUACCUUGCGACCAAACAAGAAGAGGCUAUCAGCAAUAUUGUUGGAAAAUGACACCAUAGCAUGGAACAGUUUUCAGUAUAGGGUAACAAAAAUGAUUGAAGAAGGUCAAAGGGUUCAUGUGAGACGAUUUGGACAAAGCAUAUAUCGGCAACCUAGGAGCCCCGAAUGCAUGUGCAAAGCUCGCUAGACUUUCACCUGAUUUUUGCUGUAAAUAUAUCAGCCAUUCAACCUGAUGAAAAAGCCAAGAUAAGCAAAAUCUCUCUUUCACACUUUCCUUUUGUUUUCGGGUGGUCAGAGACUCAGAGCCCCAGAAGGGGGCAGUUUUGAUUUUUAUUUCCCCCCAACAUUUUAUACUAGAUCAUUGAUGUAAAUACACUUAAUUUUUUUGGGCAAAUGAAUAUAAAGUUCAAGGUAAGCCUCCUUAUUCUCGUCUA